CUCAGCUUCGUUCCCCGUUCUUCUAGGGUCGGCAGACUUUUCUAUAAAUACCGACCCUAUUGUACCCUGAACCUGCGUAUCUCACGGUGAGAGUGGUAUCAGAUAGGUUUUGAUCAAAAGUCAGAUAUUUUUGUUCGUCUUCGUUGGUUCUUCAAAGGUUACUUUCGAUUACGAAUUAAGGAGUGGUUUGGAGUGAUUGAAAGGUGGGAUGGCAUUAGUUUCUGGAGGCAGGUCUACAUUGAACCCAAAUGCACCUCUCUUUAUCCCAGCUGCUGUUCGUCAAGUUGAGGAUUUCUCGCCAGAAUGGUGGGAACUGGUUACCACUGCUUCAUGGUUCCGUGAUUACUGGCUCAGCCAGCAACAGGGAGAGGAUGGUUUUUAUGGCAAUGGAGAGGAUGAGUUCAGUGGCAAUGAUGUUGUUGAUCUGUUGCCAGAUACAAUUGAUCUUAGCAUUGAUGAUGAGUUCUCAAUUAUGGAAGCACAGUUUGAAGAAUUCAUUCUGUCAUCUGAGGCUGCAGAAGCAAGUAAAUCAUCUCUCUCUUCCAUGAAAGGUGUACCGCAAAAUGGUGAGGGGCCUCACUCUGUCUCUCUCAAAUUGGUGCAGUGUUUUUACUAUGAUAGAGCUAUGGAAACCAAAAAUUGCUUCUAUUCAGGAGGACAUCAAGUUUGGCAAUGGAUGCUGAGGCAAUGAUGAAGAAUCUGAGCUUGUCGAAAUCUUUGAAGGAAAAAAGUCCCAGGUCCCUAGAAUCAGCAAGGUAUUGGGAGAAGCCGGCAAAGUGUGUGAGCCCAAAAUCAAGCACCCGUCGCAUUCAGCAGCCCCGUUGAAUGUAAAGAUCGAUGGAAAUUUCACUGGUGGAAAUUUCACUGGCCUGGAGUGUGUAGUGUAUUCAAAGCCAGCCUACCAAAGUAGUUGUCACAUAGUUGUCGCUUGUAAUUUCUGUAUAGAGCAAGGUUUCAACUCUUGUAUCUUGCCUUGUUCAUUCUAACGUCUUUUCAUCUCCAGUUAGCUAGAAAGACUGUUUGAGAAAACAUUAAAAGAAAAGAGAAAAAUGAAGAAUUUGAAUGAAAAGGAGAACUCAUUUUGUUGUCGUCA